UGGGCGAUGACGUCACGGCCGUUGUUUCCAAUGUCGGCUGCUGUCGCCCUCGCGUAGGAGGCCGCUCGGCGCACAAGUUCUCCCGAGAAAAAUUCAAGCUCCAGGUCGUCGACAGCCGCCGGUACCGUGACGCCCAGUACGGGGCCCGGAUGACACAGAGAACGAGGUAAAGUGCGAACGUGAAUUGGAACGCCCCUGACUAACAGGACACUUUAUAUCCCGCUGCACAACCGCCCAACACGGAAGAUCCUCUCCCGUCCCCCCUCGCCCUCUCUGUUGGAGCAUGGCUCAGGAGACCAAUCAGACCCAGGUGCCGAUGCUGUGCACGAUGGGAUGCGGUUUUUACGGGAACCCCCGCAACAACGGCAUGUGCUCGGUCUGCUACAAGGAACACCUACAGAGACAACAGGGAGGGGGGAGAUCCAGUCCCCCGGGGGAGAAAGCCGCGACGUCGCCGUCGGGGAUGGCGGGGCCCGCCGACGUCGUCGCGGAGGGCACGGCCCCCCCGCCCAACGCAGAGGUGGCGGCGUGGACCUCGCCCGACGAACCGACAUCCAGCGUCAGUCCCGGCUCGGCCAGUCCAGUCACUCAACAGAUGACGGCCAUGAGCAUCUCCCAGGACUCGGGCGCCGUCGACUCGGACCGAGCGGAGGCUGACGAUGCCGAAGACGAGGAAUUGUCCAGCACCUCAGCAGAGCCAGCGGGAGAAGCGGCGCAGACCUCUGACGGCGAGCAGACUCCUGAUAAAAACAAGAAAAAGAACCGCUGCUUUUCUUGCCGGAAGAAAGUUGGCCUCACUGGUUUCGACUGCCGCUGCGGCAACCUCUUCUGUGCCAUCCACCGUUACUCCGACAAACAUGACUGUCCCUACGAUUACCGGAGCGCCGCCGCCGCCCGCAUACGCAAGGAGAACCCCAUCGUGGUGGCCGAGAAAAUCCAGAAGUUAUGAAGACUCGAGUACGACGGCGACAGGCGACAGGCGACAGGCGCGCGCCUCUCUUGACAGUUGACAACAACGGUGACACCCGAUAUCAUGGCUACAUUCGUUCACGGUGAUCUUGGGGUGGGGGCGGGGGGGGGGGGGCGAUGCAGUCGCAGUCACUGUCCAGACACUUCCCCUUACUAGCAUCUAUCUCCACUUGUGACUGUUUUCUGUAUGAUUGUGUUUGUAUGCGAAUGUGUGUGAGUGGGAGAAGAGCAACGGGGGCUCGGAGGGCACGCAGUGGGGAGGGGAGGCGUUUAAAUGUCCUUUUUUUGUUGGCUCAACAUUUUUGGAGGGGAGGGGGCGGGGCGUGUGUGUGUGUGUGUGUGUUGUUUUUUUUCUUUUGCUCAUCCCAUCCCUGUGAAGAAUGAAGAACGGAUCACGAGGUCAAUCAACCCCCACCGACCGGGAGGUCAACAUCCAUCAGCGAGACCUUCUUAAGGGCUUCGGAUUCUAUUCUCCGCUAGGAAAAAUGAUGUCAACUUCUAUGUCAAAUUGGCUUUUUUUUUUUUUUUUUUUUUUCUUCCUUUCUUUCUUUCUUUCUUCUCUCCCCCCCCCCCCCCUUCACCCUUCUCAAUCACCACACUUUGGACUUUCUCAGCAUAUUCCAGCAGUGUCUCUAUUUGCUAUAUUGACUUAUAACUGAACUGUUAUCUGAGCGAGAGGGCAGUGGAGAACUUGACUUAACCGAGUGAUUGAAAAUGUUUUCUUGUUUGUUUGUUUUUUUGUUUGUUUUUUCCUGUUUUAAUGAGCGUAUGACUUCAGAAGAUCUAUAUUAAUAUAUUGUAGUUAGCCUGUGUGAUUGCAUUGUAUUUAUUUUUGUAUCCUUUGGUGGGUCCACUGGAGGAUUGGCAGCAUGUGUCGGCAAAUUGCGUAAGAGUUGCACUUUUGAAUUGAAUUCCAUCUCGAUUAUACAGUUUAACCGUUGUAGAGGAGAAGGAAACCUUACGUACGCAUGCUCUUGACCAGUUAAGCUGUUGGAAUGGCGCAAAAUGAAAGCUCAUUUGGGAUUGAUUGGGAAACUGAAGCACGAGCAAUACCGCCGACUUUGAGCUUCUUUCACACUGUCAACUUCCGGCAUUCGAUCCGUAACAGAAGGCACGACAUUCGUUCGCCGACCUUCACGCGAUUUCCCAGAAUGCUCGGGAGGUGCAAAUCAGUCAACUUUAUGUACACUGAUAGAUUUUAACAUUAUGGCCUUUUAUUAUGGUUCAUCUGGUCAACGUUUCACUUUUUUUGCACAACUUGGCGUUCUCUAACAAGGAGCUGAAUUGGAAAAUUCACAACAGGUGAUUGAGCCAUGAACAUUUCCAAGGAUGUCCACUUUUCUGCCUUUCUGUGCCCCUUCCAGUCUCGCAAACUGUUGAUGACACGCUGAAGCUCAGCAACAGAGCUGCAGAGAGACUGGAAGAGUCACAGAAAGGCAAAAAAUGUAACCCAUAUGGACAUUUUCACCGGUUGCGAAUGUUUCGGUUUAGUUUUUUAGGGAACAGCAAUUUGUUCAAAACGUACUGAAACGUUGAACAGGCGGACAUGUGCAUUCAAACGUUUAGAUCGAGAAGGUCAAAAUAACUGAACUAACCCUAAUAUAACCCCUGUUCCUUACUGCAGCUUCGCAUCUUGUGUCGCAUUGAAACAUUUCAAGAGUAUUAUUCUGUUUUCACUGACUUCAAGCACGCAGAAUUGUUCCAACGGAUCCGUUAAUCGACUGGUGUGUGGGAAUUGGACGAAUCUAUUAGAUGUGUAUGCGGGGAGUUGGACUGAACGUUUGCUUUCAACGCAACGAGGCAGAAGCAAUGUGUCCCGGUGGUUACGGUUCUGAUACUACCUCAGCAGAUGGAAAAAUUGCUGACAAGUAAAUCAAGGAAAAUUGUCGAAAUGCAAAUAAAGUUCAGCUGUUCUAGUAGAAAAACAAGGAAUCAAAUUUGACGCAAAGGGGGUGUGAAAGGGGCUAAAGAGGCGUGUGGCACACCUGCUCCGUUUUGUUCGGCAUCUGGGGUCAUUUUCAAUUUGUACUCGAUUCUUAAAGGCACGGCGUAAAUGGCCUUGUUUUCGUGUGUGUGUGUGUGUGUGUGUGUGUGUGAGCUCGAGUGAAGCUCCUUGCCGCUCCAAGCACCAGCAGACCACUGACACGUGCUGAAUGAAAACUGACCCGGCUUGCAAAAAAAAAAAGCGCCAUACGCUGCUCACGAAAAGUUCGGGAUUUGGGGCUGUCGGGGGAAAUUCACGGAUGAACCUAAGAUGCGUCAAAACUUAAACGCACGUCCAACUGUCGAAUGUUUCAGUACUUUUUGCUGUUCUCUAAUUUGUUUUUUGUUUUUUUGUUUUUUUUGUAGUCAUUCAAAUUUGGCAUGUUUGUUGACACUUCUUUGUGGCAUAUCAAAUGUAGAAGACAUGUUUCCAUUUUACAGGGACCUGAAGAGCGUCUUUGGUAGGUUGCAACAGAGAGACGGGUAGAGUCACAGAAAGGCAUGGAAGUAGGUGACAUGGACCAAACACCUGGUGUGAAUUUUACCGUUCAGACAACAAAGCUGUGAGGAAAAAGUACUGAAACAUUGCGCAGAUGUUCAUAGAAAAGCUCCAAGAAGGCCAAAUGAAGUUCACCUGUCAAGAUGAUCGUGCAUUUCCGGUUCAUGGGGAAAUUUCACCCGGAUGCCACGCAUCCCCUAACUUUUUGACAGUGCGAAAGUAUAAUAAUGUCGAUCACAUGCAUGCGUGCCGCCUAACAAUACACGUUCCAGUUUUGUAGCCGGUUUCAAUGAGCCACUCGGCGGUUAGCACGACGUACGGCUGCAACCCGGAGGUCCAAUUUAACAAAGCCUAAUGUAAACACUGCUCAUGUAAUUGCCAGACUGAAAAUGUUGCGAGGGUUCUAGGACUAGUGUGUUUUUUAAGUGCGUUACCUAAUUAUCCUACCCACUCUUCUACUCCAGUACAAUGAUUAUCUCCUGCAGGCCACAUGUAUUCACAGUAUGAACACAUAGUAUGACCAUUCUCCUUCCAUCCAGGCUUUUAUUCAGUUUGUAGCAUAGUGAUGAUGUUACUGCAGUUGUAAAAGAUGGUAAGGGUUUUUUGUUUUUUUUGGAAGGGGGGGGGGGGGCAUUUUUUCUACACCAAGUGUUGAGGUCAUUUGGGAUCCUUUUGCAGAACCCAUCCCAGUUCAGAUUUUGACAUUUGGCUGUCAACUGGUGGAUGGUUUCUCCCCCCCCGCAAAUAAAGAGUUGAUUGAAUGUAAACCAACACAAUUUAUACCAGAAUCAUUUUUAAAAUUUCUGAUAUUGACUGUUUGUGCCCGGGGGUGGGGCUAAAAUGUGUGACUGUUAGAAACUAAAUAAUCAGAAUAUCCUCCUUGUUUAAUCGCUUUUUUUUUUUUUCUGUCUUUAAUGUCUUCAUCAUCGCGCAGCAGGUGUCAAUUGGCGAUAAUAGAAUGUGACAACUGAAGACAAGUGUCUAUUGUGUUCACUGGGGAAGAGCUUAACAAAUGGACGUGAAUGGAAGUUCUUCUCGUCCCUUUUGGGCCUUCUUGCCCCCCCCCCACAGAAAUACCACCAGAUAUGACAUGUUCAAGUACAAAAAAAAAAAUAAAAUCACAAAGUUUAUUUUAAA